AUGGGCAAGAAGAACCGCGGCAAGGCGGAGAAGAAGGCGCGUGACGCGGCGUUCGACGCGCGGUCGAAGGAGUUCAGCGCGGCGAGCGCCGCGGCGGACGACGAGGAUGCCGUCGUCGCGGAGGCCAUGGAGCGGCUCAAGAACGUCGACGUGGCCAAGGAGGGCCUGCCGAACUUCUCGGCGCGCGAGCUGAACGCGCUCGGGCCCCGGCUCGGCGAGAUCCCCGGGCUCGGGCCCGCGCUUCUGCGCCGGCCGGACAUGGCGGCGCUCUUGCAGCGGAUGACGCGCGCGAGCCAGUCGAACGACGCCGCGGCGCUGCGCGACAUCGACCGGGAGCUGACGGCGGCCACGGGCGGCGCGUCCAGCGGCCACUCGGCGCUCGUGGACGAGUUCCGCGCGUGCCUCGACGGGCAGGACGUCCUCGGGCUCACCAAGCUCUUCGGGCGCAUGGCGAAGAGGCCGGACGGCGAUUUCCACGAGUGCGUCCUCGAGAUGGUCGCGCGGCUCCUCGCGCGCGACGAUUCGCCGACCUGGGUCUCGAGCCUCGCCGCCGCGGGCUUCGAGCGGCUGCUCCUCGCGACGCUGAAGAUGCCCGAGGAGGCGCCGGCGCGCCGCGCGGGGACGCUCGGCGUCGUGAACUCGGACUUCUACCUGUACUACUGCUGCCACAUCGCGCGGACCGUCGCGCGGCGCUCCUGGGAGCGCGGCCCCGCCGAGGUCGCCAAGGCGGCGGCGUGCCUCGGGCCCGCUCGGCGACUCGCGGAGGCGGCCGACCUCGCGCAGCCGUCGCUCUGCCGGCGCCGCUGCGCGCCCAUGCGCUACAAGCUGCGCCUCGCGAUCCCGGACCUCCUCCGCCUCGCGUCGAGCGGCCUGAUCCUCGUGCGCCACGAGGCGCUCAACGCCGUCGUCCCGCUCCUCUCGCACUACCCCGAGCACAGCGCCUACGACAACCGCGUGCUGGGCGGGCCGCAGGUCGAGGGCGCGGAGCUGCCGCCGCUCGCCGUCGACGCGCUCGGCGACGCGUGGGACGGCGCCGCGGCGAUCGCGGACGCGCUCCGCGCGGCGCUCGGGUUGCUCGGAAUCGACGCGGGGACGUGGGAGGCGCAGCUCGAGACGCUCCACGGCCGGCACCAGGCGGACAUCGUCUCGCGGGGCGCCUGGAGCGCCGCGGGCGCCGUCGCGCGCGGCCCGGACGUCGUCGCGUGCGUGCGCCGCGACGCCGCGUGCCGCGUCUCCGACCUCGUCGCGGCGGCGACGUUCCUCGGCGACGGCGCGCGGGCCGCGGCCGGGGCCGCGCUCCGGGCGGGCGGCUUCGCCGACGCCCUCGCGCGCCUCGCGGGCGACCCGGCGGCCGACGCGACGACGCUCGCGUUCCUCGGGCGCGCGGUCCACGACAUGUCGCACUGGGCGGCGCUGGCGGCGGCGCUCGACACGCCGAACUUCGUGCCGUCGAUGUUCGCCCUCCUCGACGCGCCCCGCGCCGCGCUCGCGCUCGGCGUCGCGGACUUCGUGCACCACCUGCGGCGCGCGACGCCCUUCGAGCGCGACGAGAUCGCGCGGGGCGGGGAUCUCGGCGGCUGCGGCCCCCAGGACGCGGGCGACUGCUUCGAGCGGGCCGUCCUCGCCGCGCUGCUCGAGGUCGGCCCGCUAGAGGCCGCGUUCCGCGUCUCCUCGGACCCGCGGGAGCGGAGGAGCGACCGGAACCUGGCCUCGGGCGGCGACGAUCACGCGCUCGCGCUCGACGCGCCCGCGCCCUGGCUCGAGCCGGUCUGGGACCCGAGCACGCGGAGGCCGCUCCUCGGGUCGCGGCGCCCGACGGACUGCGGCGACGCGUCCGUCGAGGGCUUCGCCCGGCACCUGCUCCGAAGCCACCGGGAGCGGAACGCGACGACGGGGGAGCACGCGGCGCGGCUCCUCAGUCAGGUGGCGCAGAUCUGCCGCGCCGCGGACGCGGAGCCCCGGGGCGCCGCGACGCCCAAACACGUCGCGCCGCUCGUGGGCGCGUCGCGCCUCGCCGUCGACGACUUCGACGCCGCGGGCGUCGACGUCCGCGAGCUCUGGUCCGGGCGCCGCGUCGCCAAGUCCUGGUCCAACGACGAUCUCCAGCGGGCGCUGGAGGCGGGCACGAUCCCCUUCGCCGGGGGGAACGUGAACCUGUCCGUCGUCGCCGACGAGACGUGCGCGCCGGCGGCGACGUACGUCUACGCGGAGGACGGGCUCCACGGCGAGGCCGAGACGUUCUGCGGGAGCGGCGUCAACGGCGCGCCGGGCCGCGCGCGCGCGGCCGCCCAGGUCCUCGCGAAGCACGAGGCGGACCGCGAGGGCGCCGGCGUGCCCCGGGGCGCCGUCGUCGUCGACGUGAGGCUCGUCGGCGUCGAACCGAGGGUCUGGCGCCGCGUCGCCGGCGUGCCGGCGAACGCGCCGCUCAGCGUGCUGCACGACAAGAUCCUGGGUCCGGCGCUCGGCCUCGAGCGGGCGAGCCACGCCUACCUCUUCGAGCCCUGGGCGCCACGGCGGCUCAAGGGCUCGAGCCUCGUCGGUCGCCCCCGAGUUGCGUACGGCGCGCCCGACGUCGCGACGGCGGACGCGCUCUUCCUCGAGGCCGAGUGCCCGGACGCAUUCUUCGCGGACUGCGUCGUCGUCGACGCGACGCGGGUCCUGCUGAGCGACGUGCUGCCGGGCCGCGGCGGGGAGGCGCGGCUCAAGUACUGGUACGACCUCGGCGAGCGGUUCCUCUACGAGCUCUCCGUCGUCGCGGACCCGCCGCCGGCCGAGGCCGCGCGCGCGACGCCCGCCGUCGUCGGCGGCGCGCGCUUCUGCCCGCCGGAGAACAUGGGCCUGCCCACGUACUGCCGCGUGUCGCGGAUCAUCGCCAAGGGGCCCGCGCGCGUCGAGUUCUCGACGGCCGGGCCGGGCGGCUUCUGGGAGAACACCUUCGCCUUCGUGGCGCUCUCGGCGAACGGCUCCCUCGCCUGCGCGGCGCCCGGGCCGAACCGCGAGGACAACUGGAGCCCCGCGGACGCCCAGGCGCGCCUCGACGCCGUCGCGCGGUCCAACGUCAAGUCGCUGGCCGGCCGCUGCGACGUCGCGAUCGACGCGGACGGCGCCUUCGGCGCCGCCGCGCCGCCCCUCGGCUCGCGCGAGGGGCCCCGGUGCGCCGCCUGCGGCGGCCGGCCCAAGGCCGGCGCGAAGCUGUCGCGCUGCGCGCGCUGCAAGAACGUCUCCUACUGCUCGGCCGAGUGCCAGAGGGGCCACUGGCCCAAGCACAAGGCCGCCUGCGUCCAGGUCGCCCGCAUGGCCGACCUCGAGAAGGUCGCGCAGAUGACGAACUUCGCGGACAAGGACGAGGCCGCGGCCGCGGAGCGGAACGCGAUCUACGACCGGCAGAUCCGCCUCUGGGGCAAGGACGCGCAGAAGAAGAUCGGCGGCACGAAGGUGCUCUUCCUCGGCUUCGCCUCGGUCAACGUGGAGCUCUGCAAGAACCUCGUGCUCGCGGGCUUCUCGGCGACCAUCGCCGACGACGGCGUCGUCGCGCCCGCGGCGCUCGCCUGCAACUUCUUCCUCGGCGCGGGCGACGCGGGCCGGAACGUCGCCGAGGCGUCGGCCGCCGCCGCCGCGGAGCUCAACCCCUUCGCCGCCGUGGGCCACGACGGCCGGGGCCUCGCCGCCGCGGCGACGGCCGCCGGGGCCGCGGCGCUCGUCGCGGGCCACGGCGUCGUCGUCGUCGAGGCGCGGUCCGGCGGCGGCAUGGACGACUGCGCGGCGCGCGUCGACGCCGCGUGCCGCGACGCCGGCGCCGUCUUCCUCGCCGUGCGCUGCGGCGGCGACGGCGCCGUCGCGUUCCUCGACCUCGGGCCCGAACACGCGUACGUCGUCGAGACGGGCAGCGGCGAGAAGCUCAAGGUCUCGGAGCCGACGACGGCGCGCUACUGCUCCUACGACGACAUGCGGUCCGUGGCCUGGGCCGACGUGACGCCCCCCCGGGGCAAGCAGCCGCCGCUCCAGUUCCUCUUCGACCGCCUCGACGCGCUCUUUUGGGCGUCCAAGUCGGUCGAGGGCGACGCGAAGAAGCGGAAGACGGGCGACGGGUCCGCGUUCGCGGCCUUCGCCGCCCGGGCCCUCGCGGACCGGGGCCUCGCGGGCGCGGCGAGCGAGGGCGACCUCGCGCGCGCGUUCGUCGCGGCGGCGGCGCCCAUCGCGCCCGUCGCGGCCGUCGUCGGCGGCAUCCUCGGCCAGGAGGUCGUCAAGGCCGUCUCGGGCAAGGGCGCGCCGACGAACAACCUCUUCGUCUUCGACGCGGCGACGGGCGCCGGCACGGCGCUCCGCGCGUCGCCCUUCGCGGCCGAGAAGCCCAAGCCGGCCGCGCCGCCGUCCGCGGAGGACGCCAUCGAGCUCUAG